AUGGAUCGUUUUGUCGGCCGUUGGAUGCUUAUUCUGACGAUACUUUGCGGUCUGGUGUAUGAACACAAAGCGGACAGUGAUCGUGAUAGUCCGCACUCGAGACGGAAACGUUACGUCGUCUUUCCGGAAGGUUCGAGUUUUUCUAUUGCAUUAUGUAUGACGGUACAUACACUAACUCCAGACAACUUCUUCACGGAGGGAGUAAAUUGGGGUAUCUCUUAUGAUCUACCAAACGAGAGCAAACCAGCUCUCGAACCAUUUCUUCAACUCAGAAACGAUAGAGUCAAGAUCGCCAACAAAUACGGAUCACUCAAGAACGGCUUACAAUCCGGGAAUAAGAAUGGUUUUGAGUAUACUGGUUGGAACGUGCCUGGCAAGUAUGUACAAUUUUCGUCGUCUGGAAAUAAGAGGAAGGGUUACAAGGCCGAUUAUUAUUAUCUACAAAGAAGACAUCGUCGAGAUCUUUACAAUAAACUCGAGAUCAUCAUGAAUUCAAUGGGUUUUGACGGUAGAUCCUGCGUUCUUCGUGCUCUUUGCGAGGCCUCUCAACGACUAAUGCCAAAGGGAAACACUCUGGUGGAAGAAAUGAUGAGGAUAUCCUUCUCAUUACCUCUUAAAAAGGUACUGUCGUUCGAACCAGAAGAACAUCGUACGUACACCAAUGCCCAUAAAGCCGGUCACGAGGGCGAAGACUGCGUUGCCAUGUUCCCUGGAUGCAGUUUCUCUCUCAUCGACAUGGCCCUAGGGAAAUAUAACGCACCGUCUACCGACUAUUCCGACGUUACUAGCUACUACCACCCACCACAUCCGGUAAUUCCGGUCGCCCCGUCCGGAACUUAUGCCACCGAUGACGACAACGACGACAACAACAACGACGUUAGAGAGAAUUGGACAAGAUACAACAUGAAAUAA